UUGAAAGGAGCGGUUGAUUUACAUAGGGCAACGAGUGAUAAAGACUUGGAUUGAGGCAAGAUUACGAGCGGAACUGCUUUCAGAAUGGAAUACAGAAAUUUGAAAGUCAUAAUUUUCAGGAUACGUUGAGCAAAUGUAAGAUUACGCGUUGAAGGACAAGAGAUCAUCGUGAGAUGGAUCUCGGGCAAUCUUCAAGAAAGGAAAUAGAGAAAAGAAGGGAAGAAGAGAGAUUGAUCAAAGUAAGAAAUGAACUUGUGAAUUAUGACUUUCAUGCUGGUCCAAGAGUCAUGAAGGAAUCUUUCAGAGGUUUAGAUGUGGACGACAUCGACUUGAUACGGAUUGCUUUAAUUGGACCCGCAGCUUCUGGGAAAACUAGCUUUGUAGGGACUCUACAGCGAGCAAUUGGAGAGACUCAGAGUUCCUUCGAACAAGGAACUGGAAGAGAGGGUACUAUUCUUCUUGAAGAAUGCUACGUGCAGAAAGGCAUUCGGUUGAUCGAUACCAGAGGAUUCCUUGAGGCCAAUGAAGAAAUUGUCGAUGAAUGUCUCGAAAUAGUGUCAGGAAGAAUUCGACCAGGAGAAGAAAUUUCGAGGGAUUAUGACGACAAUAAGGAAGGAAAACCAGGAAACUCAGCGGCCACAAGAACUCCAUCACUUGCUAGAUGUGCACACGCUGUGAUUUUCGUUGUGAAGGCGAACGAUCCGUGUUUAUCUGACGGAAAGUACAGAAAAAUAUUUCGUGCGAUCAAAGGGAACCUUCGGCAAGAUGGUUAUGCUCCCGUAACUGUGAUCACCUUCCUGGAUGAACUUAAAACUGAGGAGCAUAAGGAGGAAGCUUCUGACCUGGCAUCUGCGGUAACCGGUAGUUCCAGCGAGAGGACCUAUUUCAUUGCAAAUUAUACGCACGAGAAUGCUAAGCAGUCCAAUGAGGUAGAUCUUCUGGCUCUUGAAAUUCUGGACUCCGUGUUACUUUUGGCAGAGAAGUUCAUAUUGGUUCGGAAGCAGCGUGAAAAAAAUGAAAUGGACAGAGAAGUUAUGGCUAAAGCAGGAGCUUUCAGUUUUGGGGAGAGCCUGGAACAAUUUUUUACCCGCCUAAAGAAUAAGUACCAUUGGACUGACCAAGGAAGACUGGAGGCUUUAAGGAAGGAAUUGCGAAGAAGAAGGAUUACCACUGUAAGAACUCUCAGAGCGAUAUGGGACGACAUUAAUUCAGAAUUGCCGCUAUCGAUUGGAAUUAAGAAAACCUUGGAGAAAGAGUUCAAACGAAUGUAAAGUGGAGAGAGUGGUUUUGCCGGAUAGACUUUCUGGAUUGAAGCCUUCUGGGUUUUAUUUUGGCCCCGUCACACAACAAACCAAGAGAAGAAAGGUAUUAUAGUUUACAGCUUGGAGUCCACCCGGGAGAUCGUUAUUUGCUGUGUAAUGGUAGGCUUAUCAGUCAUGUUGUGGCUACCAGUGAUGUUUGUCAUAACGUCGAAUUGCGUUCUCCAAGAGGCAGUUUGUGGUCCUGUGCUCCAUAUUCUGAGGAACAUUUAGUCUCCUCCCAAGUGUUUCAAGUGUGCUAUUCCAUAGU